GCUGGAUAUGCCGGAGGCCGGAACAUUUGCCAUUUUCGCGCUAAGAAAUUUCCCGUCCGUCCUCGAACAGGAGCUUCUCGCGACGAAGACCAUCAACAGGAUUCUGUAUGCUACGUAGGGUACCAUGACGAUCCAGGCAUUGAAGACGGUGUCUACCGGCCGUAACGGCCUCGGCGCCUUCAUCCUGCAAUGCAGGAAGAUGGACUUCCACUACUGCGACUGGGCCGGCAGCUCCAAGGGAAUGAACGGCUUCAUCAAGUCCCAGCUUCCCAAGUUCGCUGCCGCCAACCCCCAGAUCGAAUUCACCGUCUCCCCUCGUCCCUCGAAACACCCCAUUAUCGUCGGCCACUACAUCAACGGCCGCGAGAAGGCCAUCUGCGUGCGGAACAUGGAACCCCUCGAGAUCCUCAAGAAGGCGGAGCUGUUGCGCGACGCAAGCGGCGAGAAGCUCAAGAGGGUGACCAAGCCGGUGGCGAGCAUCAACCCAAGUGUCAGAGGUAUCUGGAGUCCUUACCACGGAAAGGGCAUGACUGUAUAAACAUGAGAGGACAUGAGCGCUAUCGAUUUGGAGAACGUGUAAAACUACGAACAGAGUAAGGCGUGCAUAGACGGAGGCAGCAUCUGUGGAUGCUUGUAUCAUACAAACACCUGGCAGGGAGGGGAGGAGUGCCCCCUUAAAAGCUCUCGAAUUCAAAAUCUC